CAAGUAGCCAAAAAUCAGUCGUUUGUUGGACUCGUCCCAUGCAUCCAUGUUAGUAGGGAUUUUCCGGUUUUUGUUCCUGUCUAUUCAUGCUAAAGGAGUUAUUAACAACACUAAUAAUGCUGAUGAUGACAAUGACAACAAGAACAUAGUUGCAAAGCGCUCACAACGAAGCGCAAGUCCCACUCGUUGCAUUUAAGGUAGAUGGGAAAUUCAGUCUAGUGCUUCCGGGGUUAUAGUGUUGACAAGUGGAAAUAGUUGCUGUACUUAUGGAUCUCCUUGAAAAGAGGAUUGAGUCGGUAUCUAUUAUGCUAUUUGGACGCUAUUCUCUCCAAAAUUGCAUAUUGGACUGCAGUUUCUGAAGGUUCUAGUAAUAAUAUAGCAGAUCUCCGGCUGCGUGUAUUACUUUUGGUAUCAAUGUAAUUCUCAAGUUCGAUUUUUUACAAUGCAAGUUAUAUAAAAUUUACAAUGCUUCACAUCUUACAUGGAAUGGUUGUUCUCGAUGAAAUGACAUUGACUGCUUGAGUGAGCAAAGUGAGGUAGCUCACAGGAAUUGGCAUGGAGCAGAGAUUCGGCUCCAUGAUCGGUCGUUAAUGUCACCAUAGCAACCUCAGACAAGUGCUCCUUGAGUUUCUUAGUUUCAGAUUUUACAAUAAAUAAAGCGCGGAUGAGGGCAACGGAAAGAUUUACUGAAAGAACGGAAGUUGAAGUUUUGUCAAGUUUACCGUUACAAAUUGCUUUGCAUUAUAACGUUUGCUUGGCGCCAUUUUGGACCAUUGGAUUAAUUGUUGGUCUUAUCAGUAAGAUGCAUUAUUUGUCUGUCACUCAUUUGGUUGUACUGUUGACCUUACUCUUCAUAACAGUUAUAGUUGAGUUUGUUCGGUUAUUUCUUGGGUACUACGGCAAUUUGGGCGAAAAGAUAUCUGCUCUAUCCGGUUUCUGGGUAACAAGUAUAGUUUUGCAAGUGCCGAUUGCAGCAUUUUCGUUCUUGAAUAUUAAUAUUCCAACACCGUUAGAGCAAAUUUUGAGUUUUUAUCAUGGUCUCUUUUUGUUGAUAGAGAUUAUUGCUGGUUUCCUGGUGAUCCGGAAAAUAUCGCACUAUCAGAUGGCUAAAUUCAAAGAGAGAGUGCUUGAAGAAGAAAAACCAAAAAACAGAUAAUUAACAGUUGUUUUUUACUUUGCUUAUUGUGUAUCUAUUUUCAUUGUUUCCCCAUAUUUUCAUUUCUAUAUUUUCGAAAUUAGUCACAGCUAAAACAAUCCAUUGCAAAAUUUUCUUAUGGAUCAGAAUUAAAGCUCUGAUCUGUAAAUAAAUUGCUGAUUCUUACAGACUCAACUAUCAUUUUAAAUUAUUUUCGAAAAUUCGUUUCUAGUUAAUUUUACGAGGGUUUGAUGGAAAAAAUUACUCUUUGUUGUUUUUCUUGUUCUUAGUGUAUUGCUACUUUUGCUUCAUCGUCAUCAUUUCUAGUACAAGACAGCUGUCUUUGCCGUUUGGCAAUAAUCAUUCGUUUUCGUCGCAUUUAUAUCUUUUAUCAUUUAUCGCUUCCUUGGACUGACAGCAUCUGUCUUUGUUUCUUCUAUUAAUAUUUGAAAUCAUCCUCAUGAACACUACUAUUCAGAGCAUAGGUUACUUUAUUUAUUCUAUUUUAUUUUUUUGAAACUGUUACUUAUGGUCAAAAGUGAAAAGAGAGAAACCAAGUGCUACGUCGUUUAAUUUUUUCUGUAAAGAAGUUUAGAAUCAUAAAAUAUUAUCAUGUCAAGUAAAGAAGUCAAAGGAUAUUGUAAACUGGACUACGCCCUCAUAUAUAAAAUAGUCGAAAAAAAUUCUAUAGCUAUUUUCUAUUACUACUUUCUGCUUUCUAUUUAUCUACAUCUAUUAUGUAAAAUACGUUCAAAGCUUAAUUCUUGGUCGACUGCAGUUGUCAUUAUUUCUCUUAUGGUUUUCAAUAUUAGAACAAGUUUCGAAUUCCAUUCCUCCAGAGAAGGUUGAGGGAAGGGCACUUUAUCUCAAUCAUUUGAAGCAAUUAAAAUAAUUUUGUUCAAAUUAACCGCUCUUCGUAAUUGCUUAUUGGAUCUUUUCAUCUUUUUGUCAAUGAACUAUUACAUAGCAGGCCGUAUCAUCUCUGCUUACUUGGAUAUUUCGUACUUGAAAAUAAAAGAACGAUAAAAUUAUUG